AUGUUUAGGAAAAUAAUUUAAGGCUUUUCAAAAUACUCCCAUAGGUCAACAAUUCCUAGUCUUCUUAAGGAUCCUAAAUAUACAAAACGUGGGAUAUUGAAACCUAAGGGGGAAACCAAAAUGCUAAGAAAACCUUCAAUACCAGAGGAUAUUCCUAAUGCUCAUCUUUAUUAUGAUCAUUCGAAGUUUAUUGAAAUUCAAAAAAACAAUCCUCCUCAUAAAUUAAAAUAUGAAUCAACAGAUUUAGAUUUCAUUUUGAGUAUACUUAAUAAUGAUACCUUUAUUCACACUUAAGAUUUCAAGCUUUGGAAAGCCAUUAAAUAAUUAAAUAUUCAUCAUCCAAAUGAAGUUAAGAAGAAUUGGGAAGUUUUUGAUAGAGCAUAUAGAGUAAUAUUAGACAAUGCGAGAUAUUUGGAUAUUUACAAUUUCAGAUCAUUUACUCAAGUUUCUUAGCAAUAUUAUUCAGACGAUGAAAAAGUUUGGACAGUGUUAUACAGAAUUUCAAUUUAAUUUUUUGUUGGUUGGGAACAUUAACAAACUCCCUUAUUAAGCAAAAUAAUUGAAAAGACACAUUAGCAAUCAUUUUUAUUCUGCUUUCAUAUUAUAAUGCAACAGGUUAGAAGAUUCAAUAUUGAUGUGUCUAAUAUUAUAAUUCAUUUGGAUUAUUUGAUGAGAAACCAUUUAAGAUUUUAUAAAAUUCAUAGUGAAGAAACAUACAAUAAAGUUGAGAAUGUUGAGGAUAAGAAUCAACUAGGAAAUUUCUUAGCUCAUUUUGCAUUUUGUGUUUAACAGAGAAAAGACAUUUUUAACGAUGUGGACAAAGAGGUUAAAGAAAAACAAGUGGAAGAAUUUUUACAUUAAGGACAAAAGCUGUGUUUAGAAUCAUUUGAUAAGCUCACUGCAGGGACCAAGAAAAAUCUAUAAAAUUCAAUAGCUUAUGGCAGAUAUUAGUAUAAGCCAUUAUUUGACAAUUUUAAAUGAGAAUAUCUAUAAAUAUAAUUUUAUAAUUAUAUAGUUAUCUGAUAGA